GCGCGUUGAAAAAGUGUUAUGUCAAGUACGGUUGCUUCAGUAAAGACCCUCCAUUCCACAAUCCCUUGGUCGCUCUUCCUCAGUCACCAAGUCAGGUAGGCACCAGCUUUCAACUCUUUAGUGCAAACGAUCCUACCAACAUGAAGAUCAUUGAUGACAGUGACGUCACUAAGCUCCAGGCCUCUGGAUACGACGGCUCGAAGGACACCAUCAUGGUGAUCCAUGGAUGGACUGAGAAAGUUGACAAAUCCGAGUGGCUUCAAAGCAUAACACCAGCUCUUCUAGCUCUGAACGACAAGAAUAUAAUCAUCGUUGAAUGGGAAGAAGGAGCAGCGGAAUUUUACACCCAGGCUGCUGGCAACACUCGUCUCGUAGGAGCACAGGUGGCAGAGAUGAUCAAGUUCAUCAACCAUCAAACUGGCAAUUCCCCGGCAUCGUUCUACGUGAUUGGCUUUAGUUUGGGCGCCCAUGUGGCAGGAUAUGCUGGAAGAAGGAUACAACAACCAGCCAAAAUUGGUCGUAUCACAGGUCUCGAUCCAGCCAGUGUGUUCUUCAUCGAUACAGACCCGGCAGUAAGACUGGAUCCUACCGACGCUGCUUUCGUUGACGUCAUCCAUACUAGUAUUGGUAGCCUGGGUACGUCAACUGUCAGUGGACAUAUCGAUUUCUACCCUAAUGCCGGCACUCGACAACGCGGAUGUGAGAUACCAAGGGUUGGAAUCACGACAAGUGUGUGCAGCCAUGUAAGAGCUCCCAAAUUGCUUAUCGAAUCAAUCACUUCCCAGUGUCCAUUUCGCGCAUACCCUUGUGCUGGUGGAUGGAACGAGUUUACCCGGGGAAACUGUCAGACGUGUCCUAGUUCCGGCUGCCCUGAGAUGGGGUUCAAGGCAAUCAACAGCAAAGGAAAGGCAUCUGGAAAAUAUUACCUGUUCACAAACGACGAGGAGCCUUUCAGCUGUGGAAUUCGUCGUAUUGUCAAGGUGUCGUUUGAAACUCUUGGUGGGUGGCUGUCUAGUGGAGGAAAAGAUCCAGGCAUGCGUGUUUAUGGUAGUAACGGCAAAAACACUGGAAUAAUACGACUUGGAAAUCGAGAUAUAAAGAAAGGAAGCACCGAGAGAUUCAUUGCACCCUUCAAAGAACUGGAGACCUUGACCUCUAUCGAUGUCUGGCAGUAUCAGGAUUUGUCAAUAGGAUGGAGUCUCAAAAAAGUUCUCAUUGAAUUCACCGAUACCAAUGAAAAGUAUUCGGCUUGUUACAACACACGAGUAUAUAGAAUUGCGGUGAAAAGGACUCUGCGAAAAGGUGACCAGAGCUGCUAGGGCGACACAGGGAUCCCAGUAGUGUAAUGUAAUGUAAUGUUAAACUUGGGACGAUCAAAAUUCAAACGAGACCAUAUUCUGUUUCUCAGAACAUAUUACGAAGGUACGCUUUACGAUAUUUCUAAGAAACUUUUAACGGGAAAUAGCUAGAUAUCUAAUAGUUAAAUAAAAGAUGUUCUAAAUUAAAAUAAAAAUGAAUUAAAAUUGGACGAAAAAUC